AUGUCAACGCUCUCUUUUGAGUCCCUCUGCUUAAGAGAUGAUGAUUGUCUAUCCUCUACUGAACACCAGGGCACAGAGGAUGAGUUUAACACAGACCUAGAGUCAGACGAAAAAGAAGAGACCAACAAUAAGACCUCUAUUUCUGAAGUGUACCUCGAGGCCUGCAGGCUGGUGGGUGUAGUUCCAGUCUCCUAUUUUGUGCGAAACCUUGACUCUACAACCGUGACCCUCAAUCAUCAUGGGCUAGGACCUUUAGGGUGCAAGACACUUGCUAUUGCUCUAGUGGCUGAUAUGAAUAUCAACACUCUCGAACUGGCAGACAAUCAUAUUCAAGCUGAAGGAGCCAAAUACCUUGUAGAGAUGCUGAAGGCUAAUUUCACAUUGCAGCACAUGGAUUUGUCCAACAACCAUCUGAAGUCUGAAGGAGCUGAGUAUAUAGCUAAAGUGUUGCUUGACAACAUUUCGAUAAAAUCUAUGAAACUUUCAGGAAAUGGAUUUUCUGAUGAUGAUGCAAAAUAUUUUGCAGAUGCCUUGUUGACCAAUUCCAGAAUAAAGGAACUAGACCUGAGCCAUAAUGAGUUUUGUGGAAAAGGAGGGGAACAUUUAGGACAACUGUUGGCAAACAACGAGGGUCUCGAGAUGCUGGAUCUCAGCUGGAACAAUCUCAGAAUGAAAGGGGCUGUGGCUUUUUGUGCUGGACUCAAGGUGAAUAUCAUGUUGAAACACCUCGACUUGUCAUGGAAUGGGUUUGGGAAUGAGGGUGCCCUCGCCAUGGGAGAGGCCCUAAAAUUCAACAACACUCUGGUGCACCUCAACCUCAACAACAACCGCCUAACCAAUGAGGGGGUCGGCAUGCUCUGCAGGGGCCUCGAGUUCAAUGACACACUCCGCGUCCUACUGCUGGCUUACAACUCUUUAACAGUAGAGGGAGCACUGACCCUCGUUAAUGUGGUGAAGAACACACCUAGAACUGCCUUGGAGGAGAUUAAUAUAUGUAAUGUGCUGGUAAAUGAGACUUUUGUGCACCUGUUGGAGGUGACAUGCCAGGAGCAUCCCGGCCUGGAUGUACAGUACGGAGGGGUCGGAGGCUUUAUCGCUAAGAAGCCACCAAAACGCGUUGAUCCAAUGAAAGUCAUCCAGGAUUAUUUGGAUCAACGCAAGCUACGCCUGUGGGAUUUCUUUCGGAACAUUGACAAAGAUGGCACCAUGAGGGUCCCUGUCGCUGACUUCAGGAAGGCAGUGCAGCAAUCAAGUAUUCCUUUGGAUCGCUACCAGAUCGAGGAGCUGAUUCAGAGACUUGAUCGUGACAGGACAGGAAUGGUAGACUACAGGGGACUGGCAGAUACAAGGAAACAGAUGAUGAGGGAUCACCGUCGCCAGCUGAGAAAGGUUGAGUCUCGUCAGAAAAAAGAGAAGCAGAAGAGCGACCGCAUCCUCAAGACCUUUCAGAGCGCUGUGGACGCUGUAACACCACGCAGCUCAAUGGUCAUGUCUCCAGGAGGCCCCAGAGAUGAUUCAAGUGGCCCUCAGCCCUUCUCUGCCACCCCGCUAAGUUCUUGGCACCACAUUGUCAUGUCCAACAGCAGUCGCUAUUCAGUCAGUAAUCUCAGCAAUGAGCAUGUUCAUCUGCCCAUGUUGGGAGGCACAACACCUUACCGUCCCACCAGUUCCCCAGCGAUGCGCUCCUACUCCCAGCCCAACCUGCUGGAAGACUCCCCUCGGUCUGCUCCAGGCAAGUCUGUCUCUGCGCAGGGUCUACGCUCCGAUCCAGAGUUCAGCCACAGCAAGCUAAGCCCCACAGCAAACCACCUGACCAGGUCCAGGCCGGCUCUUGAUGCAAAGCAGUCAUUGGUUAAAGCCAAAACUAAGAAAGUGAAGAAAAAGAAAACAACAAAACGUGUGGAUAAAGACGUGAAGAAUAAAACUGUCAAGUGA